UUAAUUUUACAGUAUAAUCUCAGCCGCCGCUAUGGACAGCGACGAAGCUGGAGUUGUGGAUUACGAGUUCAUCGACAACGACUCCGACGAUUCCAAUGAUGUCUCCUCACAUCGAUACCAGGUUUAUGUGAUUGGUGAGGAAGGUAUCUUGAAGGAGCUUGAGCUUGCUGGAUAUCAAUACAUUGGUGGACCAUGCACUUGUUACAUGUAUUGCAUUUGGUCUUCUCUGGUGGCAGUUGUCAUUAAUCAAUGUUUAUGUGAUGGAAAGUAUGUGACACUCUGUCUACGUGAAAACCCUGGAAGUCUUUUCAUUGCAACAAAUUGUGAUGCUGUCACUCGUCUCAAAGAUGCUCAGGAAUGGGCAGGUGGACCGUGGUGGUUCUAUGGUUGGCGCUAUCCAUGGAUGUAUUCAACGUGAGCCGCUGGUUGUGGGAAAACCCUCAACAUUUACGAUGGACUACUUAGCAAACGAAUUUGGCAUCUUGAAGUGAAGUCACAGAUUUGCAUGGUUGGGAUACACAUUAGAUACUGAUAUUCUGUUUGGACAAAAUGGUGGUUACAAAACUUUUCUUGUUCUCUCAGGUGUCACCACUUUAUCAGUGCUUCAGAGUCCUAACAACUCCAUACAACCAGAUUUUUACACGAACAAGAUUUCAGACUUUUUGUCUCUCAAGGCUGCAACUGUAUGAUUAUUAUGUUACCCCUAAAAUCAAACUUGGGCGGAUCUGUCAUUAUUUGUCUCUGCCAGUCAUACUUCCAUGUAAUUUUUUUAAGUAUAUUUUACUGGAUGUAGGUUUCUGAAACAAAAAGAAACAGAGUACAUUAAUAAAUAUAAAAGCUAUGCACUUGAGAUGUCUGUGCAAUUGUUAAA